GUCAAUCUGUCACGCUUUCGCCGAUCGGUGCUGCGUCCGCCAGGCAGUGCCGAACUCACCAACAAGGUAUCGACAGUGAUGACGUCGGAACCCGACAGCCCGCCAUACCAUAAUGCAUUGCGCGUCAGUCGGCGCCAUGUCCCACUGGCUACUCGUCAACGUGCUCGAUCGAACACGGUCAGUGACGGAUGCAUGCAGCAGCUGUCUGGAAAAAUGAACCUCUGUGGUUUCUGUGGCCAUGAAGGCCAUUUGUUGUGCACACGCUGUAAGAAGAUGUCCUACUGCUCAGUGAUGUGCCAGAACGAAGACUGGAAGGCACACAGGCAUAUCUGCAAGUCCUUUGAGGCAGAAGAGAGAGGGAUUCAUGCUUUUGCCUCGUCUCCGGAGUCAAAGCUUGUCAAUUCAACCAUCAUAUCAAGAAACCUUCUCAAAGAUUUGACAAUGACAAAGGUCGUCAAGGGAGAAGAAUUCCAGGCGAUCGUCAUGGAGUUUUACAGUCCUGCCCAGUUCUUUCUCCUUAAGAAAAUUCCAGAGGUGACAGAGGCUAUGCAAAUCAUCAGUGCAGAGCUUCAAAAAUCACCUUCCUGCGUGAACCCUUACAUGCCUAAUCUUGGGGAAAUCUGUAUUGUUCAGUUUUCCAGUGAUAUGCAAUGGUACAGAGGCCAGGUGUUGUCUCUGGAUGAGGAGCAGAAGAUGGUUGAAAUUCUUUACAUAGACUUCGGCAAUAAAGAAAAUGUACCGGUGAACAGGAUCAGGGCCUUGUGUCCAAAUAUGGCAAAGUUUAGUCCAUGUGCUACAGAAUGCUAUGUUGCUGGUGUGGUUCCGAUGUCCUGCAAUUGGUCAGACAUCUGCUCAACAGCGGUGAGACAAUUACUGCAAGGUCAUGAAGUGACUGCUUGGGUAAUUGAAACCAGUGUCCAUGGCCACGGUGUAGAUGUAAUGACUUCCAGCGGACAGUUGCUGAGCUCGUUUCUCCUGGAGCAUAGUUUUGCAAAAGAACCUAUAAAAGAUCAAACCGAGGGAGAUAUACAAACCUUGAGGGCUUCGUCCAUUGAUUGCAUCAGGCAUUGCUCCAAUGGUCAGGAUGACGACGGCGGGACUCCACUGCCAUGCUCAGUAACCCCUGAAGUGGGGACCUCCUUGUCUGUAGUGGUUACCCACAUUCAUUCCCCCGAUGACAUAAUUGUGCAAAAUAUUGAGAAUGCUGGAUUAAUACAGGAUUUGCAGCUUCAGUUAAGGGAUCACUGCUCGUUGGCAUCAAACACCCCAAACUUUAGACCUUCUCCUGGAACUGUAUGCUGUGCACAGUUCUCAGAGGAUAAGCUCUGGUACCGAGCCAAGAUUCUUUAUUAUUCAUCGGAGGAACAUCUGUGCGUGUUCUACAUUGAUUUUGGAAACAUUGAAGAGGUGCAUCAAGCCUGCCUGAGACCCAUUGGCCCAGAUUUGCUGUCUCUGCCUGUGCAGGCGCUGUCGUUUUCGCUCGCAGGGGUCCAGCCAGUCGGUGGGCGCUGGUCAGAGGCGUCUCUUCUUGCUUUUCAGCAGAGACUGUCCAACAGAAUACUAAAUGCAAAAAUCCUGGACGUGCAUAAUGGCAAGCCUUUGGUGACCUUGACAGAUCAUGCCAGUGACCCAGAGGCAAACAUUGCUGAGAUGCUGAUUUCAGCUGGUUAUGCAUCUCUUGGCCCAGUGGCGCCCAAUGCUGAUCAGGAGACCGUGGCAGAUAAAGUUGCGGAGCCUCUCAAGUGGUCUAGUUUUGAGCUACCGCCAAAAGGCCAAACAGCUGUGCUGUUGUCCACCGUAGUUAAUCAUCCUCAAGACUUUUACUGCUACGUGAACAGCCCUGCAGAGGAGCAGCGUCGAUCACAAUUGAAAGCUGAACUGACGCGUCACUGUGAACAAGAUACAUUGCCUUUCAUGCCAAAAGUUGGUGAGCCCUGUUGUGCCAUGAGCCCAAGUGAUGGAUCCUGGUCUCGGGCCAUUGUAAAAGAGCUCACCGAAGACAAGCUGAAAGUGGAAUUUAUGGACUAUGGCUAUACCCUGAUGACCGAAAAAGACCACAUCAGAUCCAUUACACCGCAAUUGCUGACUCUGCCAUUUCAUGCAGUUCACUGCUUUCUUACAGGUGUAGAACCGCUGGGCUCGGAGUGGAGUAGCGAGGCUAUUCUUUGGUUCCAGAACAUGCUGGACGGGGAACAGCUUUUGACCCGUGUCACCACUGUCAAUGCAGACGGCUAUGGUGUGGAAUUGGAGUGUAGAGGGGAAAAUGUGGCCUCUGCCCUUAUUUCCAAACAGCUAGCCAAGGCUCCGACUCAUUUUGAAGAGGCAGCUGGAAACUUUGUCUUACAACGUGGGAGUUCAAAUGAGUCUGAGCCUAGGACACAUUUGAUUGAGCCAUCAUCUGGGUUAUCUUUCUCAAUGGACUGGAAGAGCAUAGAGCUUCCCCUCAAUGAUGUUUUUCAUCCACACGUUGCUGCUGUGAUCAGUCCUAAUCUCUUCUACCUGCUAGGUCACAACAAAGUUGUCCAGACAGCACUAGAAGAGGUGAUGGUGGAACUGGCUCAAUAUUGCUGUGACUACCGGAAGCGUGGACCUGCCCCUGAUUACAGCGCACUUGUUUCAGGCGCUGCCUGUUGUGCUCAGUUUUCCGCUGAUAACCAAUGGUAUCGUGCCGUGGUUUUGGAUGUUGGAGUGAAUGAAGUAAAAGUCAUCUAUGCAGACUAUGGCAACAUGGAAACGAUUCCACUGUCCAUGAUUCUGCCAAUCCCUCAGCAUCUACUUCACCUGCCUUUCCAAAUAGUGCGUUGCUCUUUGGCAGUUGACAAUCUCUAUGGCGCAGAGUGGACAGAGUAUGUGACUGAGCUGUUUGAAAGCGUCAUGCUGAGUAAUGUCCUUGCAACAGUACGAUCUUUCGAUGGCACCAGCAACGUCCUCUCACUCAGCCUGCCUGCUGAGAUAGGGAGUGGAGAUGUCAUUGACUUCCUACUGGAUUCCCUUUUAAACCACACAAGAGAAAUGCAUUCCCCAACAGUGGAGCAAAGAGACAAAAAAUCCAUGUCUGAUGAAGAUCAGUGUCAGGUACAGAAUGCACACCAAUAUCCAACCCAGACUCGGAAGAAAAUCACUGCCAUACAACCUGGGGCCCAUGAUGGAUGUUGCUGUGAAAGCCUAAAGGCAAAGAUUGAACAUCUGGAACAAAUGAUGGUGCAGAAGCUUUCACUUCUCAUGGAACUGAUAGAACGAAAAUCAGGUUCUUAAAAUAGGGUUUUCUUUUUUUUCAAUUUCAAUUAAUUGUAUUGUUACACUCAUUUCUUCUACAUACUUUACCUGUGAUGUUCUGCUUAAUGCGUAGUAAUUACACAUUGGAACUCUGUUUAAAAGCCUCUUUUGUGGCUGUUCUCAGUGAUCUGUUUUGAUUUUGAAGAAGUGUGACUGUUUGAAUAAUGGCAUACAAGAAUAAAAGUUGGCUGAAACCAA